AUGGCGAAGAAAAAACCCGCAAAGGACACUUCCAAGGCAGCCGCAAAAGCGGCGAAGAAGAAUAAGGCUGCACAGAAGGUAGAGCGCAGGGAGAAGAAGAAGGUGGGCAAGUCGAGAGAAGAGGAGGAGGAUGAUCAGGACCUCGAGAGCAUAUUGGACAAGAUUCAAAGAGAAUGGGAGGAAGCACAUCGGGUCACGGAAGAACUCGUGGAGGGCCCACCGAGCCGUCGUGCAAAUGCGACGUUGACGCCUUGUCCUAGCGGGAAUUAUCUCUGGAUGACCAUGUGGAAGCAUUACAUUGUGCUCUUCGGUGGAUUCUAUGACCCGGGACUCAAAACAAAUUACCUUAACGAUCUUUGGCUCUUCGAUACUCAGGAGUACAAGUGGCGACAGGUAGAUUUCAAAGAUGCAGAACGCAAACCAUCACCACGCAGUGGGUUCUCCUUCCUUCCGGCUCCAGAAGGCAUAUUGUUGCAUGGCGGUUACUGUAAAGAAUAUCACAAAGGCAGCCGUCCUGUAGGCGUUAUGCUGGACGACACCUGGUUCCUAAGGUCUUUCCCCAUUCUUCUUCAUCGCAGGAUGACGCUUAACGAAGCGAAGGACGGAAAGCAGCCUGCAGAGCCUCUCACGAUGAAAUGGGAGCGGCGCAAGCGACCCUCAACCGCCUUCGCGCCAUCACUUCGAUCUGGGUGCACAAUGGCUCUGUGGACCGCGCGCAACACAGGCGUACUCUUUGGAGGCGUGACGGACGAGGACACAAGCGAGGAGACACUCGAGAGCGUGUUUCAUAACGACCUAUAUGGCGGCAUUUUCGAGCGCGGUGCGAGGGAGUACACGCUCGACGACUUCUACUCUCUGCAGCUCGACAAGCUCGACCGAUACACGUGCCUGAAGCACAGCGGGAUCACAAUAGCGGCGGAAGGCGACGACGAGAGUAGCAGCGACGACGACGAAGAUGAGGAUGGCGACGAAGACGAUGAGGACGACGACGAAUGCAUGACUCCGUCGACCGUGCAGGGCCAGCCUGUGUCGAUCGCGAGCGCACUGGAGGAGCUCGACUUGCAGGAGCAGGAAAGACUAGAAGAGGAGGAAAAGCAGGAGAAGGUGCGAAUUACGAUGCGAUCCCAGCCCAAUUUCGCUCACGGAGUCGUGAAGGAAACGGAGGAUGAGCUCCGUGCGAAGGCUACCGAGUUCAUGGGUGUCGCGAAGGACGCGACGCGCUCUCCGGAGGACGUGAUAAGCACGCCGCUUCCGGGAGAGACGCUUGCCAUGUUUUAUGCCCGCUCGCGGGAAUACUGGGCGGGGAAGGCCCACAGCAGCAGCGACAACCGUGGCAAGCAGCUCCGCAGGGACGGCUUCGGUCUAGCUGAAGAGCGCUAUGAAUCGUACAAACCAAUCCUUAAGGAGGUUGAGCGGAUUUUGGCGGAGGCGGGGCUGGACGAGGAGGAGAUGCGGAAGGGCGCUGCGGCGGGCCCGGGAGGGAGCGCGGGACAAAGCCGAAACCGACGGUGA